UCAAGUGCAUGCUUCGAGGGUCUAGUUGAGUUUAGUCGAGUUUAGUCAAGUUUAGUACCGCUAGGGUACUUGAGUGCAGCAGACUGCAUCGAAGCGCCGGGUGAAUGCAAGCACAGAAAAGCAUGCCUCGUAAGAUUAGAAAUUAACUUGAUUUUAACUCAUUCUCCCAGGAAAGUGUAAAAUGUUCCGGCAACUCGUCCGCCUCGCCAGCCAGGGAAAUCGAAUCCUCGUUUCCUCCAAACCUAAAAUCACGAAAACGUCGAGUGCUUUUUCAACGCAGAGUGAAAAUGAUACCGAUGCAGGUGACAAACAAAUGCCUAAUCAUCCGCUUAAGAAAACUGUACAGCUCCUGAAGAAUGAAUUGUUGUAUUAUAAGGCAAAGUGGAAACACAUAUUAAAGAGGAAUUUAUCGAAGAGUGAAUGGCGAGAUUUGCAGAGACCUUUUCCAUAUCAUUGCGAUGUGGUCAUUAUUGGUGGCGGUGCUAUAGGAAGUUCUAUAGCGUACUGGUUGAAGAAAGAAGCGAAAGACGGUCUCAAUGUUGCGGUUAUUGAAAGGGAUCCUUUGUACAAGCACGCAUCCUCGGUUCUGUCUGUCGGUGGUCUUCGUCAACAAUUCUCUCUUCCAGAAAACAUUGAAAUGUCGUUAUUUGGAGCAGAGUUUAUACGCAAUGCAAAUGAAUAUUUAAAUGUUGACAAGGAUGAUCCCCUAGAUCUUGGAUUUCAUCCCAAUGGUUAUCUCUUUCUUGCAUCCGAGGCAGGUGCAGAGAUAAUGAGCAGGAACUCAGACCUCCAAAACUCCCUUGGAGCGAACAACAUUUUACUUAAACCAGACAAAUUAAAACAACGGUUUCCAUGGUUGAACACCGACGGUAUUGCUCUAGGCUGCCUUGGACUCGAACAAGAGGGUUGGUUUGAUCCAUGGAUGCUAUUAUAUGGAUUUAAAAGGAAAGCACUUGAUUUAGGAGCCCAUUAUGUUAAUGGGGAAGCUAUAGGUUUUGAAUUCAAUAAAAUAUCUGGUAAUAUGAUUAAAGUUGGUACUGACACAUACGAAGAACCAGUUAAAUUGAAAGUUAAAACAGAAUGUGGAACGAUAAAGACUAUAACAUUUGCUACAGUUAUUAUAGCAGCUGGUGCUUUUAGUGCAGAAGUUGCCAAAAUGGCUAGAAUAGGACAUGACAAAGGGUUAUUAUCAAUACCUUUGCCAGUAGAGCCUAGAAAAAGAUUUGUGUACUGUUUCCACUGUCACAAUGGCCCUGGACUUAACACACCUUUAACCGUAGACCCAACGGGAACAUACUUCAGGAGGGAAGGACUACAAGGAAAUUAUAUCUGUGGACGGUCACCAGAUCUAGAUGAGGAGCCUCUGACAGCUGAUUUAGAGGUAGACCAUGAUUUCUUCCGUAACAAAAUUUGGCCUCCUCUUGCAAAUCGAGUUCCAGCAUUUGAAAAUAUAAAGGUGAAGUCGUCUUGGGCCGGAUUUUAUGAGUACAAUUCAUUCGAUGAAAAUGGUAUAAUUGGACCCCAUCCAUAUUAUGGAAAUAUGUACAUAGCAACUGGUUUUAGUGGUCAUGGCAUCCAACAAGCACCGGCUGUAGGCCGCGCAAUCUCUGAAUUACUUAUUAAUUCAAAAUUUGUUACAAUAGAUUUAUCCAGAUUGAGUUUUGAUAGAUUUGUAACAUUGGAACCCAUGGAAGAAGUAAAUAUAGUCUAGUGAAAUCAUAAAGAUGUUUUACAACUU